AUGGCGGACCUCUACCCGACCAUACCGCAAUGUGCGGUGGUUGCGACGGCUUUGAAAGUCCUUCUCUGGCCUGCAUAUAAAUCGACCGACUUCGAAGUACAUCGCAACUGGCUUGCGAUCACAAACUCUCUGCCUUUCAACGAGUGGUACUAUGAGAAGACAUCAGAAUGGACCCUCGACUACCCUCCUUUCUUCGCGUACUUCGAAUGGGCCAUGUCUCAGGUCGCCAACGUUUUUCACCCCGAUAUGCUCCAAGUCAAGAGCCUCAAUUACGAUAGUUGGCAGACUAUCUACUUUCAAAGAGCGACUGUGAUCGUGACCGAGUUUGUGCUGAUGUCUGCGUUGAUGCUCUUCAUCAAGGCAUCGCCAGCGAACUCCAAGAGACAAUCGCACGCAGCUGCACUCUCGAUCUUGCUAUCUCCUGGUCUGCUCAUCAUCGACCACAUCCACUUCCAGUACAAUGGCUUUCUCUACGGAGUCCUCAUCCUGUCCAUCGUUCUGGCAAGAUAUCAGAAAGACUGGCUUCUCGCGAGCGGCGUGAUCUUCGCGGCUCUACUAUGCUUGAAGCAUAUCUACCUUUACUUGGCUCCUGCUUACUUCGUCUACCUGCUUCGGGCCUACUGCCUUGGGCCGCGAUCCAUCUUCGACAUCAAGCUCUUCAACUGCAUCAAGCUCGGCACCGGCAUUGUUGCAAUCGUUGGAUUGGCGUUUGGUCCCUUUGCGUAUCUCGAGCAGAUCCCACAAGUCUUCAGCAGACUAUUCCCGUUUUCGCGAGGACUUUGCCACGCGUACUGGGCACCGAAUGUCUGGGCCAUGUACUCUUUUACAGACAGAGUGCUGAUCUACCUGGCACCGUACCUGAAGUUGCCAAUUGAUAGAGAGGCUGUGAACAGCGUGACUCGUGGCUUGGUUGGCGACACCUCUUUCGCUGUGUUGCCCAACAUUCCACCUCGGAUGACGUUUAUCCUGACCUUAGCUGCGCAGAUUCCUGCACUCAUCAAGCUGUUCCUACAGCCCACUUGGGACAACUUCGUGGCGACAAUUACGCUCUGUGGUUAUGCGUCAUUCCUCUUCGGCUGGCACGUCCAUGAGAAAGCUAUCAUCCUCGUCAUCAUCCCAUUCAGUCUUCUGGCGCUGAAAGACCGGCGAUACUUGGGAGCUUUCAGGCCUCUAGCAGUCGCGGGUCACGUGAGCUUGUUCCCACUGCUCUUCACUGCAAUGGAGUUCCCCGUCAAGGUUGUCUACACUAUCGUAUGGUUGAUCGCGUUCUUGCUGGCAUUCGAUCAACUGGCACCUGCGUCUGAGAAACCACGUGUGUUCUUGUUCGACCGCUUCUCCUUGCUGUACAUCGCAGUGGCGAUACCUCUCAUCGCGUAUUGCUCGCUGUUCCAUCAGCUCAUAUUUGGGGCGAGGUUUGAAUUCUUGCCUUUAAUGUUCAUCAGCUCGUACUCGGCUGUGGGCGUGGUGGGCAGUUGGCUGGGCUUUUUGGUUGUGUUCUUCACUUCAUAG